AUGAGGGUGGGAGCAGCAGCCUUGGCUGGGGGGAUAUUUGGGGGUCUGGGGACUUUGUGUUUCCUCCUGGCCUUUGGGACAGACUACUGGCUGCUGGCCAGUGACAACUGUGUGCCAGCACUGACAGAGGAAAGUGAUACCAAUGGAACUGUGGUAACAACAGUGGUGACUAGCGCUCCGCCUUCUCUCACUCUGCACCAUGAGGGCUUCUUCUGGCGCUGCGUUUUCCAGGCAGAGCCCACAGCACAUGUAAUCGUGGCCACUCUCUUCACUAACCAACCAGAAUCCAAGGUGUGUAUCCACGGUUACCUCUUCCCUCUGCCUGUCGUAAUAGGACAGGUGCCUCACCCAAUUUAUGACACUACAGCAGUGUUUCGUGGUUUCUGGACCCUGCUGAUAAUCCUUGGUGUGGUCGCAGCCCUGGCCGGAGGCUUCCUCCUGCUCUGUGGCGUCCCCUUCUCCAGCCACAAACUGUACAGGGUUGGUGGAGCCUUCCUCAUCGCAUCUGCCUGUUUGAUCCUGCUUGUGGUGCUGCUCUAUGUCCUGUGGAUGGAGCUGGUAGACGUGAAGCGCUACAUCCUGCAGGAGAGGGGGGAAACGUGUCCCGACGCCCAGGUUUCAGUGCUUUAUGGCUGGUCCUUCAUGGUGGCAGCGGCCGGUGUGCCUCUGCAGCUCCUGUCUGGGAUGCUCUUCAUGCUGGGUGGUUACGUGCUGCAUGCCAGGAAGUGAGCCGGCCAUCUGGCCUAUAGGAGAAGACAAGACUGACCUUUUUAUGUCCCACACUGGGACUCAGCAGUGCAAUCCCGGGAUGUGAAUACUGGCCAGAGAGAUGACCAGUG